ACGAGCAGGCACUGGUCGAUGGUCUAGCAUCUGGUCAAGUGGGCAAUGCUGGUCUCGAUGUAUUUGAGAAUGAGCCAGAGAUUCACCCGGAGCUCCUCAAGAAUGACAAGGUCUUUUUGCUGCCACACAUUGGUACAGGUACAAUUGAGUCGCAGUACAACAUGGAGAUGGUGGUCAUCAACAACAUCAAAUCAGCUCUGACGCGUGGCGUGCUGGAAACGCCCAUUGCAGAGCUCAAGGAGAUUGCAAAUGCGCACAAGACUGUUUAGUGACUGUUUAGCCAUAGCCAACACGAAUGACCUCAUAUCUCCUGUCAACUACAUGCGACAUGGCUGAUCAAGAUGUGUCGCGGCCGCCAGUGCCUCUUAUCGCAGGACUGACACUCAUGUACAUCUACUUUGCUUCAUUAAAGUGCCUAGUGUCUGGUCUGCCAGUUUUGACUGUCUUUAGCAUUGUCCAGCUCUUGGCCUUUGGCAGUGGCGCAUAUAGGACCGUGACACUCGGUGCAGUUGCUUUGCAUGUCGCAUACUACCUAGCACGGCCUAGCUCGGUGCUCUAUCUCUUCUUUUCAUUAGCUUGUUGGACGUCUGUUGUCGUCUUGUCACUCGUCUACUAUCCUAUUCUGCGCACGCGAUUGCGACCGGCGCGCGACUACAUCAAACGAAAAAUUACCAAGCUUGAAGAGCGUAUAGCGCAUUGGGAAUGGCCGCUGCUCAAUCUUGACGAAAAGGGCUAUCUCAGACUACUCGGUGGUGCUAGUGUUGAUAUACUCGACGGCAGCAUCGUCUUUACCAACGUCGACUUUGCCUAUCGAGUGGACGCGUUUACAACCGUCCUUGCAAAGUUGGAUACAGUCAGGAUCCGAGUAGGGCGUGAUGUCGCACUGGGUGAGCUUUCCGUCAAUCUACGCGGUCAUGGACAUACAGUGGAAAUGACGCAGCCAAGACUCAAGCCUGUGCGGACAAUGAGUGUCGACAUCAAGGCUGAUUCUCGCAAACUACCGCCUGUAGACUCAGAGGUCUCAUCGCGUCCAAUCGUGCUCAAAAAGACAGGGAGUCGUACACCUCCAGUCUUGCCCCCACGCCGACAAGUCACUGAGCCUAUUGAUCAGACUGAGGAUCUUGAGCUGCAACAAGCCAUCAAAGAAAGCCUUGCUUCUGCAAAAAACUCGUCCCGUGUGUCCUUAAACGGCGAUACAGCCGAGCCAACCCGUACGUCGCUUGAGGGACGGUCCGAGAUUGACAGUGAGCUGCAAUCACUCUACCCCGAAGAGGAUGCCGAGUCUGAUGCCUACUUUCGCAAGGUCUUGGAAGACAAUGCCGUCAAGCACAAAGUUGAUACGACUGCGCCAAUAGGACAGGGGAAUCUGGAUGCCAAGGCAGCGUUUGCCAAUCAGCUCAAAGACAAGCUAGAGGAAACACUUCGAGCGACAGAAGCCAAGCAUUCUCCACAAAUUCGACUUCGACAAUUGCUAAACUUAAUUCCUUGGUGGCUCAAACUACCGCCUGGACCACUGCUGACGCGUCUGAUUCUAUCGCCCAUCAUCUGGCUGCACCCAUUGAAAAUCAAGACUGUUGCCGUUUCUGGCACAGGCAAGCGCAUCACCAAUAUCCUCGAACGUUGUGGUGUCUCACGAGCACAUCCUGAUCCAGAAAUCUUUCGCCUGGUGCGUAAAGUGAUUAUAUGGUUGGAGAGAGGCGAUGUGUCACUUAUAUUGACAGAUAUCCAAGUGAAUGGUUAUGUGCCGCUUGCUCGAGAUCCCGUCGCCACGGCAGACAUCAAAGCGUCAAGACCAACGGCGUAUCGCAAUACGGGUGGCGAAGAAGACUUGUUGGCGCAACUCGAAGCCAUCCAAGGGACAGUGCAAAUGCCUACAUACUUGCUGCCGAAUCAUGAAGCCUACUUUCCAGAAACACCGCGCUGCAAACUCUUUUACAGCGUCCUGCUUUCAAUGCCAGCAGUCUUCAACAAGGAACUGCUCAUUAUUGGCGCUGCUUUUCUCAAGGCCAUUACUAUGAUUGAUAUGAAGCAAGACGCAGCCAGUAGACCACCGCCAUCAGUCCAUCUCAAUGGCAACUUUUCUCUUCGUGGGCUCGGCACAUCCCUGAGGCAAGCGGCAGGCGAUAUUGCCAAGCAAAAGAGUGUACAGUGGGGCGUAGGGAGCGAGCGAUUGGCCAAAUACGUCAACAAGAUUUCAAAAUGGAUGCGAACAGUGCAUGCGGAUGUGGGUGGCAAGGGCGAGAUUGAGUUUGACUUGAUCAAGCUGCGUCGCAAGAGGGACGGUAAGGAGGUGUAGAUGCGUUCCAUCUCGUAGAAAAAUACUUUUCCACGACAAGACAAAGCAUCAUAUUGAGUAGCUAGCCAGUACAUGUCGGGAUCCGAGGCGGCUACGGCGGCCAAGCCUGGGAUGCCCAAGCCCAAGGUCCCAGAAGGGAAUCCAGCAUUCAACAUGAUGGGUCUGCCCAAGAUUCGAAACUGGCGCUUACCCUCGCGCAACUGGUGCAUCUUUUGGGCUGUUGUCGGCACAUUUGCAGGCAGUGUGACCUAUGAUCGGUUCGAAAAGAAGAAGGUCCUGCGGCGCUAUACAAGUAUGGUUUCACAUCUAGCGAAUGAGCCACUUCAGCCAUUGCAAAUGCCGCGUAAAGUGCGCGUCUUUCUGGGUGCGCCGCCUGGAGAUGGCUUAUACGUCGCUCGAGAUGCCUUUGAUGAAU